UCUCCAUCUUCCUCGUACCUGUAUUUGCUUUGAGAUCCAUUCUCUCCACUACCCAUUGAUUCAAAUUUGUUGCCUUCUUUGUUUUUCUUCAUUAUCACUCCAUGAUUUCUGUUUUCUCUGCUUUUCAAUUCGAGAUCUAUUUUCUUACAGUCCCCCUCACGAAGAUUUAUGUUGUCUAUAUUGGGUUAAAUUUUAAUUUACUAUAUACAGUUUCUCUUUAUCUAAACUGGCGCAUCUUUUGUGUAGGUUGUAAGUUUGAUUUCAUGAAAAUUGGUAAAUAAUGGCUAGCUAUGCGGGUAAAGGAUCCCCCUCAAAUGGGUCUGUCUACAUCUGCAAUCUUCCCUAUGGGACAGAUGAGAAUAUGCUUGCUGAAUAUUUCGGGACAAUUGGGGUAUUAAAGAAAGACAAGCGAACAGGUAGACCAAAGAUUUGGUUGUAUCGUGAUAAAUCAACGAAUGAGCCUAAAGGAGAUGCUACUGUAACAUAUGAGGAUCCGCAUGCAGCCUUUGCGGCUGUUGAAUGGUUUAACAAUAAGGAUUUUCAUGGUAGCAUUAUUGAAGUUCAUAUAGCAGAGUCUAAAAGUAAAGAUGAUCUUUCGUUUAAUGCGGGGGUGGAACCAAUUGUUGCUGCUGGUGAUGAUCUUGGUUUUGAGGAAAAUGCUGCGGGUAUGAACGGGGGCGGUGGAAGGGGGAGAGGUCGUGGUGAUGCUCCAGGAAAAGCAUGGCAACAAGAGGGAGAUUGGCUGUGUCCAAAUACAAGUUGUUCCAAUGUUAAUUUUGCAUUUCGUGGUGUGUGCAAUCGAUGUGGAAGUGCUCGACCUUCUGGUGCUGCUGGUAGUGGUGCAGGCUCUAUAGGUCGUGGCAGGGGUCGUGGCACUAGCAACCAGGACUCUGGAGGCAAUAGUCGUCAAGUUGGUGGCCCUACUGGGCUCUUUGGUCCUAAUGAUUGGCCAUGUCCAAUGUGUGGUAACAUUAAUUGGGCAAAGCGUACAAAAUGCAAUAUUUGUAACACAAACAAACCUGGUCACAAUGAGGGUGGCGUAAGAGGAGGGCGUGGUGGAGGUUACAAAGAACUUGAUGAAGAAGAGUUGGAGGAGACUAAACGACGGCGACGAGAGGCUGAAGAAGAUGAUGGUGAGAUGUAUGAUGAGUUUGGAAACCUUAAGAAGAAGUUUCGUGCCAAAUCCCAGCAAAUGGAAGCUGGUCGGAUACUUCCAGGUGCUGGACGAGCUGGAUGGGAAGUUGAGGAACUAGGUGUAGUUGAGAAAGAUAGGAGGGAGAGAAGUAGAGACCGAGGAAGGGAAUGGGAUGACCGAGACAGAGACCGAGACGGCAGCAGAAACAGAGAAAGAGAAAGCAGGGAAAGACAUCGGAGUCGAAGUAGGGAGCGAGAUAGGGGAAGAGAUCGUGAUCGAGAUUACGAGUACGAGCGAGAUAGAGAAUAUGGGAGAGACAAGGACCACCGGAACAGGCACCGAUAUUGAGAUCGAGUGCGGGUCUGUCUGUGAAUUGAUAACCUUUGGGAAUAUAAUUUUGUCGAGGACCUUGGUGGGAAUGGUUGAAACAUUUGGUUUAGAACAAUAUGGUAGAACCUCAUGGGUCUUAUUUUUAUGAAAGAUAUUCUAUUUAGUGCUGUGAUACAGCUUUUUGUUACUUGAAGAAAUUCAAUCAGAUUCGUAAUCGAAUUUGCGAAGCGAUUGUAAUUGUC